GUAAAUAGCAGGAUGUGGAUAGUUGUACUAUUUGAAGAAGACAACACAUUGGCUGCUGUGCCUGCAUUUUGGUAUAAAGAUGGUCACUGUGCAUGGCCAAACAGCAAAAUUAGUAAAAACAUAGAAAAAAGAUCUGCACCAAAUGAGAUAGAAUUCUCUAGAUAUACGGCAAAAAUAUUAUAUGAGCAUGUUGGAAGUUAUUUAGAAGCUCGUAACUUGGCUCAAGAUAAUUCAGAGGCAUCAUCAUGCGAUAACUUAUAUGAAGAUUUGCGCUUAAAGAAGAAAAAAAACUCAAGAUUAGUCGCAUCUAAAAAACAAACAAGGCUUCUUUCUCCACCAGUAAUCGAUUCUGAAGAUUCUGAGUAUGAUGAUUCAGAUGUUGAUAAAAAUUAUAAGCCUUUUCCAGAUGAUGAUUUUACACAUGAAAUGUCAUUUGGUUCAUCAAAAAACAAAAAGUUGAAACUCUUUCAUAAAACUGGAUCAUUUACAACUCAUGACCAAAGUUCAACUUCAAAACUAUCUGUAUGCCAAACAUCAUCAGCGUCAUCAUCAUCGCAGCAUCAGACAACACCGACAUAUUAUGUAAACCAGUCACCUGAACCAUUUGUCAAUCUACCUAAUACACCAUCAAGAUCGUAUCAGUCUACACCAAAAGCUCAGUUAAGUCAGUUAACUGAACCAUUUCAAAAUAAAAAAAUACAUCAUCAGGCAUCUAAUUUUGAAUAUGAUAAUGAUCAAGGAUUCAAAAAGUUUAUAUCAAGAUCUAUGACCAACAUGAAAUAUGAAAUUGAAUCUGUUAACAAACGUCUUGACUCUUUUUACUCAUUAUUAGAAACAAUUAAUGAUAAAUUGAAUAGCAAUAAUGCAUUUUCUAAUUUGGAUAAUGUACUUGAUAAUUAUGAAAAUGAAAUAAUAUGCAUUGAUAACAAUGAUGACCUAGAAAAAAUGGAAGAUAAACUAACCAAUGACCGACAGUAUAAAGCUUAUGUGAUUGUUUUGUUAACACGGUUGAUGGGAGACAGCUUAUCGGAGUCAGUGAGAAAAAUUAUGCAAAAAUUAUUUACAGAUAAUUUUUUGGCAAACUACUCUUUUAUAGGUUUUAAAGGCAAAAAAACAUUUUCCAACCUUCAGCAUUGUGCAGUCAUAAUAGAUGCGAUUUUAAAAAUGAAAAAAUUUAAAGAAGUAUCAAUCAAAGAAAUAGAAAAGCCAAUAAAGAGUUGGAUGGCACAAGCUCCUCAAAGGAUACUAAAAAUGCAGAAAAAAAUUGUUUAAAUUAUUUAAAGCUUUUUAUUACUUGUCUUGUAGUAUGAUUAUUUGUUAUAUUCUAUUUUUAUUUCUUUACUUUAAUACAUUAUUAUAAAAUUUGACAAGGAUGAU